AUGGAUCCCAUGGACGAGGACGGACCGGGAGGAAACACACCACCGCCAGGCUCCACGUCGAGCGGGAACAAUACAGCACUUUCCCCGGGCACGUCAGUUGCUCCGACAGGAUCAACCGCGGCGCCGAACGCAUCGAAGAGAAAGAGAGGCCUCGGCGUCGUGACAGCAAACGCCUGUAACGAGUGCCGCAAGAAACGCGCAAAGUGCGACGGACGUACACCUUGCGGCAGAUGCCAAGGUCAGAAGGACGUCAAGUGCGUCUAUGAGAUUCCCGUACGCCAAUCGAAAGAGAACUUGCGGCACGAGAUCGAGCAGCUCCGGCGCCAGCAGCGUAACAAUGAGCAAGUUAUUGCUGGUCUUGUCCGCCCUGACCUCUGGGAGGAGGUUCUCGCCCGCCUACGCAGCGGCCAGAGUGUGGAAUCGAUAUCGGACUGGCUUGGAGGGGCCAUGCCUUCUGGGGAUGGUGCCCUCCCUUCGAUUAGUCGGCUGCUGAACCAAGGGAGCGCCGCUCCACCCAUACGGCCUGGCUACAACAGCCCUGCUGCGCCGAGCAGCUACGCACCGCUCCUACCCGGCCCCAGCGGACUUAGCCCAAUUCUCGGCCAUCAGCAACAACAACAGCAGCAACAGCAACCGCAGCAACCGCAGCAACAGCAGCAACAACAGCAGCCGCAGCAGCACCGCAUCCGGUCCGACACGGAUCACCAUCAAAGUCCUUGGGGAGGCCACUUCUCCAAUCAGAGCAAUCCGACACCGACUGGCUCCCAUCCGGACACAGCGAACUGGAACCCGGAGGUUGUCAGAACCGCCCAGUCGCGAGUCGGGUCAUGGGUUGAGAGUCAAGGAGACGAUUCGCAGUCACAAAGAGGGCGCGGCUAUGGGGAUAUCCUGCUUCCGGACGUCCCUGAAAUGCAGGUUCCUCCGGGAACAUGGACAACCAUAACUAGUGAUCCAGGGUUGGUGCAACAUCUGCUGGCUCUCUAUUUCUGCUGGGAGUAUCCAACCUUCGCCUCGCUCAGCAAGGAGCAUUUCCUCAAGGAUUUCAUGGAAGGGAGACCCCGGUUUUGCUCCUCCAUCCUAGUCAAUGCGUUGCUUGCCUUGGGGUGCCGGUUCUCGAGCCAACCGAACACACGAUCUAAUCCAGACGACCCGCACACGUCGGGGGACCACUUCUUCAAGGAGUGUCAGCGGUUGUAUUACCAGGAACAGAACCAUCACAAACUCACUACCAUUCAGGCCCUAGGGAUAAUGUCUAUAAGAGAAGCGAGCUGCGGGAGGGACUCGGAGAGCUGGUACUACGCCGGUCAGAGCAUCCGGUUGGCCAUCGAGAUGGGUCUACAUCGACUGCAGGACGAUGGCAAAGACGAUGAUGAAAGCGCAGUCCAAGCGGCUACCUUUUGGGGGGCUUUCGCCCUAGACCACGCAUGGUCAUUGGCAACCGGCUCGCUUCCCCAGUGCUCGUGUUUCCCUCGUCUCCCGCCGAAGCCUACGAUAAUAGAUGAUAUCGAGGCAUCGGUGUGGAUUCCGUAUACGGAUGACGGUAAACACGCCCCUUUUCAGAUGCCCCUCCUACCGGAACUGAGCGGAUCACCAGGUGCGCCACUCCAGCGGUCCUGUGAGCAGCCGUCCAAUGUACGCUCAGUGUAUAAAUGCUUUUGUGAACUCAGCGAGCUUGUUCAUCAGUCGUUAUACAUUCUUCAUUCGCCUGGACGGCCACUCACAAGUCGAGACCUGCUUACGAUUUACACGCAAUAUCUCAACUGGUACGACAAGAUACCGGAAGUGCUACGACUAGGCCACAACUUCACCCCGGCCGUCCUGUUUGCGCAUAUGUACUAUCACUUUGCCAUACUCCUCCUAUUUCGCCCCUUGAUUAAACUCCGGAUUAUCGGGUCUAGCAUAUCUCCGCGCGAUGUCUGUUCCCAGGCAGCCGAUGCCAUCACUGGUCUCUUGCGCUCGUAUGCGCAGCUUUACACAUUAAGACGGACCCCGUCGUUUGUCCCAUAUUUCGUCCUCACAUCGUCGAUCAUGCAUCUCGCGAUAGCCGCUGCAGGUGCAAGCUCUCGAUCGGCCAAAAGCGGGGAGGCAGCGCAGAGCGGCCAGGGCACUCGAGGAGCAGCCGCGCUGAAUCCCCACGUUAUCGACGCCCUUAGUCGGGGCAUCGCGGACCUCACCGAGAUGGCUCCCUGUCAUCAUUUUGCAGAACAAGCACUGAAUAUCUUAACAUUCUUAGCCAAGAAGUGGAACAUUGACGUCGAGAUCAAGACUACGAUCGGCGACGAGCCCCGCGAGGUGACCUUAGCGGAAAUAGACAAGUCCACGCGGCCAGUGACGACCAGCCUCAAUUUGUUUGCCCCCAACUUCCUAGAGUCUGACUUCAACUCCACGUGGGGCAGUGGCACGGCAUCGGGGUUGGGCGCAGACUCGAGGCCCGGCAGCAGGCCCACCCACGCCGCCGACCUGGCCGACGCGCUGGAGAACCCGUUGUUUUGGCCGUUCCCGAUGCAGGGUCGUCCCAUGCUGCCCCACGGGGAAGGAGCUGAAAGAGGCUGGGUUCGAGUUGUUCUAAGAACUUCGGACGAACAAACGGCCAUGAGCCAGGUAAACUAG